ACAAUUCAACACCCUCUCCUCAUUAUUAAACGCACUCUUACAACCCUUCUCCCAUCCAGAAGCAAUUCCUCUCAAUAUGACUGACAAGAUAUCGAACACUUUCUACUCUGCUGUCGGUGGUGCCAAGGAGUCCCUUGGCAGGGCCGUCGGAAACGAGCAGCUCGCUACCGAUGGUGCCUCUCAGAAGGCCCAGGCCCAGGCCCAGGCUCAGUGUCAGAAGACCCAGCAGCAGGCCCAGGGCGCCACCGACAACAUGACCGGUCGUGUCAAGUCGACCGUCGGAGCCGCCACUGGCGACCGCUCCAUGGAGGCCGGAGGCCAUGCUCAGCAGGCCACUGGCAACGUCCGCCGCACUGUCAACCAGUAAGAUGUUUCCUUUGGAGAAUCGGACACUCUAUUCAGGGCCUUGUUUGUUCCAAGCUAAAUCAUUUGUAAAUAAGAAGGCCCCAAGCGACUUCUUGUAAAUAAAACCGAUGUUAAAGU